UCUCUUUCUCUCGCGGCACUCCGUUCUUCACCUCUGCCUCGCACCUCAGACCGCCGGCACACGAUGGAGUACGUGCCGCUCUCCUCGCUGCCCGUGCCCUCGGCACCUCGCCCGCGCGCCUCUCGUUCCGCAGACGCCACGUAUUUCCGGCGCUUCACGCAGAGCACCUUCGUGCGCGAGUAUGCGCCGGUGCACAGCAUCGCCUUUGUGCCCGCUUCCUCCUCCUCUUCCUCCGACGGAGCAAGCACCUCGACGGCAAGCACGCAUCGUCUCGCCGUCUCCGCCGGCGCGCGCGUGCAGAUCUACAAUGCAAAGAGCCGAAAGGUCGUCAAGACGAUCAGCCGCUUUGGAGAUGUGGCGCGAGGCGCGGGGUGGCGAAACGACGGACGCUUACUCGUGGCGGGCGAUGACUCGGGCACGGUGCAGGUGUUCGACAUUAGUUCACGCGCCAUUCUGCGCACGCUCAAGGGCCACAAGCUGCCAGUGCACAUCUCUCGCUUCUCCUCCGACCCUUCUCAGAUCCUCACUGCCUCCGACGACACGACGCUCCGUCUGUGGGACCUGCCCACCGAGACUUCCCUCUCCGUCUAUUCCGGGCACGGCGACUACGUCCGUUCCGCCCUCGUCUCUCCCGACAAUGCCUCGCUAGUGCUUUCUGGCUCGUACGACGGCACGGUGCGUCUGUGGGACACGCGUCUCGACACGAGAGAGGCAAACGUGAUGACGAUGCGGCAUGGCGCACCCGUCGAGGAUGCGCUGAUCUACCCGACUGGCGGGGGAGGUAUUGCGGUCUCCGCAGGAGGUCCGACGCUGCGAGUGUGGGAUCUCAUGAUGGGCGGUCGCUGUCUGCGCGCCACAUCCAACCACGCAAAGACGAUCACUUCGCUCGCCAUCUCCACGUCGGACGCCGAAGGCAGCGGCGGCCACGCGCUGCGCCUGCUGAGCGCCGGCCUGGACGGCCUUGUGAAGGUGUACGAUCCGGCGCGAGACUACGUCGUGACGCAUACGAUGCGCUAUCCGUCUCCUCUGCUCUCCAUCGCCCUCUCGGCAGACGAACAGCACAUUGCCACCGGCGGCGCCGACGGCACGCUCUGCAUUCGCACGCGUGCGCUGCGCGCCAACGAGGCGGCCGCACGCGCCGAGGCAACCAAGGCAAAGGAACAGGGCACGCAGCAACUCUUCAUGGCUGCCGCCUCUGCCGACUCCGGCGGCGCAGCAGCGACGCUUCAAGAAGCGGCAACCGUGCGCACGAAACGGCUGUCACCCUUCGACUCGGCGCUCAAAUCCUUCCGCUACGCCGAUGCCUUGGACGCGGCACUGCGCGCGGGCACGAACAAGCAUGCGACAUUUGCGCUGCUGACGGAGCUGUCGAGACGCAGCUCGGCAGACGGCAAGGAGGAUGCCUUGCGCCGAGCGGUGGCAGGCCGAGAUGAGGGCGCCUUGGAGCCGUUGCUGCGCUUCUUGCUGCGCCACGCGGGCAAUCCGGAGCACAACGCCGUCGUGUGCAAAGUCGCAGACGUGGUCAUUGACACGUACGCCUCGAUCCUGGGCCAGUCGCCCUUGAUCGACGAUCUCUUUGGCCGCCUUUGGGCCAAGGUCACCGACGAGGUGCGCCUGCAUCGCGAGGUGGAGAAAGUGCGAGGCGCGCUCGAGAUGCUGGUGGUGCGCGGCACGGGCGUUUGAAAACCAAGGAAGCGAGGGGGGGGGGGGCUCAAGGCAGCCCUACUGCGGGAG